UGGGGAAAGGAAAAAGAAAAAUGUACAGUAUUUGCAAAGAUAUUUUGGCACUCACAUACGCCUAUAUAUACACAUAGGAAUUAUUCUCCCAAGCAACACAAAUUUAAACAUCUUAUUAUCAAUAACACAUAACACAAAUCUUAAAAGCAUAUCACACCAAGCAUCCUAAAAUAUGAACUGGUGGUUAGCUAGAGCAACUGGUGGUACUGGCAAGAUCACAUAUUUCAAGGAAGAACCGCGAAGCCUCCAUAACGUAGCAUUGAUUAUAGGCGUGACAGGAAUUGUAGGAAACAGCCUAGCAGAGAUUUUGCCUCUCAAAGACACACCGGAUGGUCCAUGGAAGGUUUAUGGUGUGGCUCGACGUCCACGACCAAUGUGGAACGCUGAUAACCCUAUUCACUACAUUCAGUGCGAUGUUUCCAACCAAAACGAUGUUGAGUUGAAGCUCACCACAUUAACUGACGUGACUCAUAUAUUUUAUGUCUCGUGGACCAGCAGGUCCACAGAGGCUCAAAAUUGCGAGGUAAAUGGUUCCAUGUUAAGGAAUGUCCUUCGUUCUCUCAUCCCAAAUGCUCCAAAUCUUUGUCAUGUGUCCAUUCAGACAGGUGUCAAGCAUUAUGCAGGAUCAUUCGAAACUAUCGGUAAGAUCAAGCCCCAUGAAUCCCCCUUCACGGAGGAUGUGCCACGCCUCGACACACUCAAUUUCUAUUACACGCUAGAGGAUAUCUUAUUCGAAGAGGCAAGUAAGAAAAAAGGAAUGACAUGGUUUAUUAAUCGACCACAAGUUAUCUUUGGAUUUUCACCUUACAGCAUGAUGAACCUAAUCGGUACACUUUGUGUUUACGCCGCAAUUUGCAAGCAUGAGUGUGUUCCAUUAAGGUUUCCCGGAUCAAAAGGUGCAUGGGAGUGUUAUUCAACAGCUUCAGAUGCUAAUUUAAUAGCAGAACAACACAUUUGGGGUGCAGUGGAUCCUAAUGCAAAGAACAAAGCCUUCAAUUGUAGCAAUGGUGAUGUUUUCAAGUGGAAACAUUUCUGGAAAGUGUUGGCUGAUAAAUUUGGGAUUGAGAAUUAUGGAUUUGAGGAGGGUUUGGAGUUAAAGUUGUCGGAGGUGAUGAAGGAUAAGAGGGGGGUGUGGGAAGAAAUUGUGAGAGAGAAUGGGCUACAGCCCACUAAGCUUGAAGAUGUUGGAGAUUGGUGGUUUGCAGAUUUUAUGUUGAGAGUUGAGGGUGUGUUGGAUAGUAUGAACAAAGCAAAAGAACAUGGAUUCUUAGGAUUUAGGAAUUCUAAGAAUUCAUUCAUAAGUUGGAUAGACAAGACUAAAGCUUACAAGAUUGUGCCAUGAUCAUUUGGAUUUUGUAUUGUCAUAACUUGGCCUAGGAGGAGGCUCUUUUUAUUGUAGUAUUUUCUAUUUAUGUUUAUGGUGUUUGCUCUUUUUGUAAUAAUGUUGUGGCUUAAAGUAGUAGUUGAUUAAUAACAUUGUGUAGAAAGAAUAAUGAAAUACUUAUGAGCUACUGAAAUAUUGUACAUUAUAUAAGCUAUAAGAAAAAAAUAAAAAUAAAGAUGCUAAGUAUUGUGAUGCUUCAAGACACAGGAAACACUCAUGUUAAUUUUAUUUCAAUAUGUAUUAUAUAUAUUAUAUUAUAACCAUUACAUGGCACAGUAAUACAAAAACUAUAGCACACAAUAAUAUAUAAUCCUUGAGUGAACAUACCCAAGAAGCUAGCUAUAUCUAGCAAAGGCACAACCAGACCCAGUAAAGGCUGAUUAGUUUAUUUAGCUAUAUAGUAAUUUUUAUAUCAUAUAAUACUUUCACACACAUAUUAAAGGAUACAUAUAUAAGAUAUAAAAUCAAAAACACAAACCAUGCCACAAUUUCUCUGAAUCAUGGAAGGUUUUCGGCUUUAGGAUUAUCAGUUUUAGUUGCAGUGGUUUGGAGCUGAUCUUUGUUAGGAGGACACCACAACUUAAAGUAGUCACCAGGACAACCGGCGGGAUCAAUUUCACAACGAAAACAAAUGUUAUUCCACAACGAAAAACUUUGCAUCCACAAUGGUGGAGUUGCCUUUUGAGAUUCGUAAACUGGUCCGUCUUUCUCCAGUUGAUUGCCUCUACCCGCACCCUCAACACUAUAGCCAUUCAAAAUCGCGGCAACAAGGAGAACCAAAACAAGAAAAGCAAUAGUUUUUGCCAUUGUGUAUGAAAUUUGAUUAAGUAGUUUUAUUUUCCUCUUAUCAAUGUUGUUUUGCAUGGAAUGAAUUGUUGGCUCUAAAACACUCCAAUUUAUAGAACAGUUGAUUUCCUUAAAUGAGAAGAGAAUCAAUUAAAUUUGGCUUUGCGUGACAAAAUUAUUUUCACAAAAUUAAGGUAACUUUGUGGGAA